GGCUCCUCCCCUUUAAAAGGAGCCGGGGCGGGGCCGCGCUUGCUGCAGGAACCUGCCCUUUAACAGCGCUCUCUUCUUUCCUCGCUGGUGCCGCUGCCGAAAGCCAGCUCGCCAGUCCCCGCCGGCCCCUGGAGGAGCCUCGGCCUCGCCAUGGUGUCCUGGAUCAUCUCCCGGCUGGUGGUGCUGGUUUUCGGCACCUUGUACCCAGCAUACUCCUCUUACAAAGCUGUGAAGACGAAAAAUGUGAAGGAAUAUGUCAAAUGGAUGAUGUAUUGGAUUGUGUUUGCUUUCUUCACCACAGCAGAGACACUCACAGACAUCAUUCUCUCUUGGUUUCCCUUUUAUUUCGAGCUGAAAAUCGCAUUUGUGAUCUGGCUGCUCUCUCCUUACACCAAGGGCUCCAGCGUGCUCUACAGGAAGUUUGUUCACCCAACGCUCUCCAAUAAGGAGAAGGAAAUCGAUGAGUAUAUCAGCCAGGCCCGUGACAAGAGUUAUGAAACUAUGAUGCGAGUUGGCAAGCGAGGAUUAAAUUUGGCAGCCAAUGCAGCAGUUACUGCAGCUGCAAAGGGCCAAGGAGUUUUGUCUGAAAAACUACGGAGUUUCAGCAUGCAGGACUUGACUUUGAUCCGGGAUGAUGACACUGUGCAUUUACGGAGCCCUGAGCCACGCAUGCGUACUUCUGCUACUGGUCAUCUCGAAACUGUUGAUGAUUCAGGUGCAUCCUGUUAUUCCUCAUCAGAAGAGAUGACUCUGUCUCAAAGACAUAAUGGGGCCCAGUCUGAUGCCAGAACAGACCCAUCAGAUGAUGAUACAGGAGACAAAGUUCCCAAACGGACCCAGAGCCUUAAAGCUCCUAAAAAAGUGACAAAGACUGAGCCCCCACAAAAGACUGUCAAAGCCCGUCCCAAGAAGAAAGUUACAGGUUCCAGUGCUGCUGGCGAGUCAGCCUAAGGACAUCCCAGCCUGUCUGUCCUAGGGCUCUUCAGACACUUUGAUAAGCACUCUCCAAGGAAAAGGAGCUGAGAUCAUGUACAUAACAGCUACUGCUUUGUAGAGCUCAUUCCAAGGCAAGAGGGUGACUGAAAUUUGGCACACAGAUUGGAGGAUGGCCAUCCUCAGGAAUUAUUUACACUUCAUCUAUGUGAUGGAGAGAAUGCUAAUCUGUCUGUACAUAGCCUGUUGUUUUGGGAUUCCCUCUCUGUGUGUAACCCUAAUAGGGAAACUCUUUGCUGGAACAGCUCUUCAAUUAGGGUUAGAGCCAUCUUUGACAGAGAGGGUAGAAGAUAAAAAAAAUCAAGACGGGUGCCACUGAAAUUCUAAUUGGAGGUGGGGAGCUCCCCAAUAAUAUUUCAGCAUUUCACUGGUUGUCAUGCUGUAGCUGCUGUGGGGAAUUGUUAGAAAGUGCCUGGAGCAAAGUGACUGGUACUGAGGAAAAGUGUUAUCUAAACUCAUUUGGGCAGAAGCAAGAGACAGAAGUGUAUGUUUGCUUGGUGCUUUGCUACAUGGGCAACUGCUUGCCUGUGAGAUUGGGUAAAGUAGUGUUUUUUGCAGGGAGUCUCCAGAUGUUUGGGAGAGGGGUGGAAGGUGAGAAUGCAAGCGGCUGGCUUCUUUACCACUAUCUGGUGCCUAUUUCUAAGCAGCCUCUUUUGCUUGGUUGGAAGCGUUUUAACUCUGCUCAUGGUAGAUGUUGCGAUGGUAGAACUAUUUGCAUGGUUUUUUUCAAGUAGAAUAAGGCUGGGAGGAAGGGGACGAAGCUAAGAGGACCACAGUUGGCGCAGGGGGUGUGAGGAUGCCUCGGCACAAAUCAGUCUCUCCAAAGAGUUGAAAUCCUGAAUAGCCACUGUCAAAGAACCAAACACUUUGGCCCCCUGCUUCAGAGUUGCCUUUAUAUUUUACAGGUCAGUCUGUUUUCUGUAAGAAUUGUUUGGAAAAGGCAUGUGUAUGGAAGAAGCUGGAGGAAAUAUGGAUGGUACCUUAAGUUUCUGCUGUGUUCUUAAUUAUGCUUUAUUUGCACUGGGAAUAUAAGGUUGGAGCUCGAUCAGUGUAGCCUGAUAAAUAGGCAAAAAGUAGCAACCCUUUUUUGGAGCUUUUCUGGCAUUUUGUAAUGAGGUAAGUAAGUGAUGGGACAUUCCUAAAUGAUUCUAUGGGUGGAUAAGGGAUAACGUUACUUGGCUCUCAGGAACUACUCAUUUCUGCCACCACUGACUUCCAUCAUUCCCUGUUAACUCUGGUUACUUUUUAGGGACAAUAUUAUGCAGUUUUUGAGGCAAUCAUAGAAUUGUAGCAUUGG